AUGGAUCCACCAAAUUGGACCAUCCAAUUAUCAGUCUAUUUAGGGCUCAUAAUCCUCUCCAAAUCCCUCCUCCGCCUCUCCAGAUGGAUCUGGACCGCCUUCCUCCGGCCCGAAAUAGACCUCAAGCGAACCUACGGCCCGUGGGCCAUGGUCACCGGCUCGACCGACGGCAUCGGCCUCGCCCUCGCCGCCGAAUUCGCCUCCCGCGGCCUCAACCUCGUCCUCGUCGCCCGGAACCCGCUCAAACUGCGCGCCGCGUCGGAGGAAAUCCGGCGGCGGCACCCGGCGGUAUCGAUCCGAACCGCGGCCGUUGAUUUCUCCGAUUGCGGGCCGGAGGAGGUGGCGCAGGUGGUGGGCGAGGCGGCGGAGGGGCUGGAUUUGGGGAUCCUGGUGAACAACGUGGGGCGCGCGUACCCGUACGCGAGGUUCGCACACGAGGUGGGCGUGGAGCUGACGGAUGGCGUGGUUGGGGUGAACGUGGUGGGGACCACCUGGGUCACGAGGGCCGUGAUUGGGCAGAUGCUGGCGAGGAAGGGUAAGGGCUCGAAAAGCGUGAUCGUGAAUGUCGGGUCGGGCUCGUCGGGCUGCGUCUCGUCAUAUCCUCUCUACACGAUCUAUGCUGCAACCAAAGCGUAUGUGAGCAUGCUGUCAAGGAGCCUCAGUGUAGAAUAUAAGCACCAAGGAAUUGAUGUACAAUGCCAGAUUCCACUACUCGUGGCUACGAAGAUGGCAUCGAUAAAGAAAGCUUCACUUUUUAUUCCAUCUCCGGAGACUUAUAGCAAGGCGAGUCUAAGGUGGAUCGGGCAUCAAGAGCAAGUAUGUGUGCCCUAUUGGCCGCAUGCAUUGCAGGCCUUCGUUAUGGGCCUCUUGCCGGAGGCCCUACUCGAUUGUUGCCUGCUUAGGUAUUUUCUUGGCAUGCGAGCACGUGGGCUUCGAAAGGAUUCUAAGGGUUCGGGACGGGUUUCGGGUUCGAAUUCUAUUUGA